GCUUCCUGCUUCGAAGCCGGUUCGGCCGCUUACCUGGGCCCGGAGAGGGUGGAGGGGGGCCGGCGCGACCGGAGGUGGAGCAGAGCGACGGGCAGCGGUGCCCGGCCGGCCGUCUGCCCGCGGUGGUUCUAAGAAACUAGAAUGAGCCGAAGCACUCCUGUGGAGGUCGAUGAAUCAGAGCCGUACCCGAGUCAGUUACUGAGAUCGAUCCCAGAGUUUUUCCUGGAAGAGGAACCAGAACCACCCGCUCCAAACAUAAGGAACACGGAACCGGACAGCCUGUCUGCACCCCGAGCCCCUCACUAUCCCCCAGGACACUUUUCUCAGGCUCCUGCACCCCUGAAACUUCCAGGCCGCCAGCAGCCUGUGUCCCAGCAGGUCGCCUGCCUGUGCACUGAACUGCUGGAGGAGAACGGAGACAGCUUCUGGCAGAGACACCUGGACCCCGGCAGAGGCUUUCCCCCAGGCUCCUCUGCAGCCAGCGUGCCAGGGCCCCAGCAUGUGGUGGGGGCCCUCAUCCCAGAGCAGCGGUUUCCACUGAUGGGACAGCAUCAGCGAUGGCUAGGAUCUCGGCUCUCAGGGGCUUCUUCCGACACUGGCCAUGGCUCAGGCAAGCCAGACCAAAGUUUACCUGAUGCCUCGGCGGACUCUGCGGCCAGCGGCCACGAGACGGUGCCCCAGCCCCAGCCCUGUGGGCCCCGAGCCGCCCCAGACCUGCCUACAAUAGACACGGGGUACGAUUCCCAGCCCCAGGACAUCCUGGGGCUCAGGCAGCUAGAGAGGCCGCUGCCCCUCACCUCCGUGUGUUACCUCCAGGACCUGCCCAGGCCGCUCAGGUCCAGGGAGUUCCAUCAGCUCGAACCUCAGAGGAACCCGGCGUGCGCCCCAGUGCUGCCUGCACACCCUUUCCCACACACUCCGUGGAACCAUCCUUUCCACUGUCCCGGAGGGCCUUAUCUCCAGGCGCCAUAUGGCCGUGGCUACCCGCAAGCGGCCUACCAGCAAGCCAUCCAGCCAGCUCUGCCUGGGCCACCCCUGCCUGGAGCCUGUGUGAGAGGCCAGCACCCCGUGCAAAAGGUCAUGGUGAACUGUCCCGGCCCCUGGGCCCAAGAAGAGAGGCUUGGACAAAGAGACCACCCCUCCCCAGGGCUCCCACGGCACCAGGACCAGCUGUAUAACCAGCCUCCUGACGAGUGCCCGGAGCACCCUGCAGAGUUGGGACCACAGGGUGCCCAGGCGCCACCCGCAGCUGCUGUCCCCAGACCCCCCAGUAACCCUGCGGCCAGGGGAACUCUGAGAACAAGCAGUCUUCCAGAAGAACUGCGGAAAGUCUUUAUCACUUAUUCUAUGGACACAGCCAUGGAGGUGGUGAAAUUUGUGAAGUUCCUGUUGGUAAAUGGCUUCCAAACUGCAAUUGACAUAUUUGAGGACAGAGUCCGAGGCAUUGAUAUCAUUAAGUGGAUGGAGCGGUACCUCAGAGAUAAGACCGUGAUGAUAAUAGUGGCGAUCAGCCCCAAAUACAAACGGGACGUGGAAGGCGCCGAGUCACAACCGGACGAGGAUGAGCACGGAUUACACACGAAGUACAUUCAUCGGAUGAUGCAGAUUGAGUUCAUACAACAAGGAAGCAUGAAUUUCAGAUUCAUCCCCGUGCUCUUCCCGAAUGCUAAGAAGGAGCACGUGCCCACCUGGCUUCAGAACACUCACGUCUACAGCUGGCCCAAGAAUAAGAAGAACAUCUUGCUGCGACUGCUCAGGGAGGAGGAGUACGUGGCUCCUCCGCGGGGGCCUCUGCCCACCCUUCAGGUGGUGCCCUUGUGAUCGCUUGGGGCUGGGUGCGUGGGGCCCUGUUCUGACAAGCAUUCCUCUAGCUGAGGCAGUUUUCAGUCCCUCUCAAAGGGACCCUCUGACCCCAGAAAACCUUGUCCUCCGGAGACCUCAUCUGUCCUUGAAACGGGGUCGUGGCCGCUCUGGAUUCCCUGCCCCUGAAGCCUGCUGCAUGUUCCCCUAAGUCUGACAAGUCCAUUGGGCCGCAUGGUGCUUAGCAAGAGGAUAGAAAUGGUGUUGCAAUAACUGUAAACAACCGCAAGCAUCCCCGUUGCUUAAGACUGCUUUUUGAGUUAGCCAGAUGUUGUGUGUCCUGACUAGACCAAACUGUGAUUCAUGCACAAAUAAUAAAAUGUUUAUUUGUUUGGAA